AUGCAGCCGAAAACAACCGGUUUGAACGGAAUGGCGACUACUACGACAACCAUAACGGCCCCGGAGGCGGAUCAGCAACCGUUUACUCUGAAGCUUGCUCACCACGACGCUUCGUAUCUGCCGACCGAGCGUUUCAAGACCAUAGACGGACUAUUGAAGAGCCAUGCGGCGGAGCCAGAACAAACGCCUCUGAUAUGCUAUCCAAAGAACGGCGCUUCGGAUUACGAAGAGCACACGGGUGCCGACCUCGAUCGAUUCACGGAUGCCGCUGUUCAGUAUUACAUCCGCAACGGCCUCGAGCCAGCAGUAAGGACAUCCGCAUUUGCAUUUGCAAUACAAAGCUGAUUGUAUCCAGGACCCAUCGUCAGAGAAGGCGCCGGUUGUUGCCCUGCUAGCACCUACAAGCUUCGACUACGUAAUAUCUUUUUUCGCGUUAAAUCGGCUGGGAUGGACGGCACUAUUCCUUUCCACCAGACUUAUAGCUCCUGCAUAUGCCCGACUGUUGGAACUGGCUGAUUGCAAGACUUUGAUCGUCCCAGAGUCAAACAAGGGCAUUGUCGAAGACAUCAACCAGGAUCGGCCAGGAUGUAAGGCCAUCCCUAUCCUUCAGCGUAGGGAUUACCGUGGUGUGCUUCGAGCGCCUGUCUUCCGACGCCAAGAUGUCGACAUGUCCAAGGAAGCAAAGAAGAUGGCUUGGAUCUUACAUUCUUCAGGCAGUACUGGCUUCCCGAAGCCGAUUUUCUUGACCAAUACAGCAUGUCUUGCCAACUUCAGGAAAAGCUUUGGACUGAGACACUUCUGCGUGUCACCACUCUUUCAUUCGCAUGGUCUCAUGGAGCUUGGACGGGCAUUCUACACUCGCGCGCCGACUUAUCUUGGCAACCACUCGCUACCUGUCACAUCACAGAACUUGGUCGAAGCAAUGGAAGUGGCAAAGCCUCAACAGGUCAGCGCUGUGCCAUACGUCCUUCAACUACUUGCCGAAAAGCCAGAGGGCGUUCGUACUCUUGCUAGGGCAACGCUUGUGCUCUUUGGCGGCAGCAGUUGUCCCGACGAGCUUGGCAGUCGACUGGUUGCCAACGGCGUCAAUCUAGUUGCGAACUAUGGCUGUACGGAGAUCGGCCAGAUCAUGACCUCGUUUAGGCCUACCGGCGACAAUGAGUGGCAGUACUUCCGGCUCCUGAGGCCUGCAGCGGAUUUCACACUCAUGGAUGAAAUUGCGCCAGGCGUAUUUGAAUGCGUCGGUCUUGACGGACUACCUUCCAAAGGACCUAGCAACACGGAGCCUCCAUUCAGUGCAACGAACCCAAAGAACGCUUUCCGAACCAAGGACUUGUUCACACGGCAUCCGGACCCCAAGAAGUCCAAUUAUUACAAGUACCUGGCUCGCUCCGAUGACCGCCUCACUCUGGUGAAUGGAGAGAAAGUCCUGCCGAUUCCGAUGGAGAACAGCAUAAGACUAGACCCGUUAGUCCGUGAAGCGGUUGUCUUUGGCUAUCAAAAAACAGUGCCUGGUGUACUGAUCAUGCGCUCCCAAGAGGAAGGGCUCGAACUCAGCAAAGACGAAUACCUGGCUGCGGUCUGGCCUUCUAUCGAGGCGGCCAAUCUACAAGCAGAGAGCUUCUCAAGGGUGCCCAAAGAGAUGGUGAUCGUUCAAAAUGCCGACAUGACGUACCCAAGAACAGAUAAAGGAACCUUCAUCCGCGCCCAAGUAUAUGAGCAAUUCGCAGAUGACAUCAGCAAGGCGUACGAGGCAUUCGAAGCUGGCAAUGAGGCUCGACCUGGAUCUCUUGCAUUUGAUGUCCCUGCAUUGGAGCAAUGGCUUCUGUUGAAGUUUGAGGAUGAGCUCCGGAUCAAGUUACCCAGCGUCGAUACCGACGUUUUCUCUGCUGGCAUUGACAGCUUACAGACGACACGACUCUGGCGUAGUAUCAAGAAGAACCUUGACCUUGGCGAAGGCGGAGCAACUCUGAGCCAGAACAUUGUCUUCGAAAAGGGCACCAUCAAGCAGCUCGCGAGACACCUCUACCAAUUACGAAUUGGAGAAGAGCUUUCCGAAGAAGAUGAUGAAAUCGAUGUCAUGCACGGGCUGGUUGAACAAUACUCGAACUUCACCCAGCACUUUGCAACCCGAACAGAGGAGCCAAAGAAUCAAGGGAUUCUCGUCACUGGAGCCACGGGCAAUCUGGGCGCCUUUGUUGUUGCAGAGAUGGCAAAGCGACCUGACGUCGCCGAGGUGUGGGCCUUGGUACGCGCUCCUGGCCAAGCUGCUGCUGGUGCUCGUGUCAUGCAAUCAUUAGCCUCGCGUGGCAUCAAACUCACCGACGAGGAAAGCUCGAAGCUGCGAGCAGUGCCGUGCGAUCUCAGCAGGCCUGAUCUCGGACUCGCUCCACAUGACCUGGGACAUCUUCUCGACUCUCUGACCUGCGUAGUGCAUUCUGCUUGGGCCGUCAACUUCAACCUUGGCGUCCGCAGCUUCGAGGAGCAACACAUCCGCGGCACAUACCACCUGAUCAAUCUCUGUCUGCGUAGCAACCUCCCAAGUCCUGCGAGGUUUUUCUUUUGUAGUAGCGUCAGCGCUGCAAGUGGAACGCCGAAGCCGGCUAUUAUCACUGAAGCAGCCGUCGAAGACUUCCACCACGCUCAACGGAUGGGAUAUGGCCGUAGCAAGCUCGUCGCUGAACAUAUCACACGCAACGCAAUGCGGAAGACCGGCAUGUAUGCUCGUGUUCUCCGAAUCGGCCAGCUCAGCGGUGAUACUGUAGGCGCAGACUGGAACGAGACCGAAGCCAUCGCCUUGAUGAUCCGGAGUGCAACGACGACAGGCUCCCUACCAGCUCUGGACGAACAGCCGAGUUGGCUACCCGUCGAUGACUGCGCCCGAGCCAUCGCGGAGCUAUCCCUGAUGAAGAGCGAACCGCACACCGACGAAAAUCUGGUAUAUCACCUGGUCAACCCAUCCACCUUCAGCUUCCGCCACGACCUCCUCCCGGCGCUUCAGAAGAGUAACCUCCCUGCCUUCGACAUUGUCGGCCCCGUCGAAUGGCUCGAACGGUUGGCGAACAGCGAGCAGGAUCUCGCAAAGAACCCUAGUGUCAAACUGAUAGAUUUCUGGAAGAAGAAAUAUGGCAAUGCAAGUGUUUCUGUCCCGAUGGAAGAGCAUGAUGAGCCUACGGGACUGGUUUUUGAGACGGCACGGACGAUUCGGGAUUGUCCGGUUCUGGGAGCAGUUCGUGAUCCCGUCAGUGAAGGGUUGAUGCAGAGAUAUGUUGAUGUUUGGAUGAAGAAGUGGACGAAUGCAUGA